UGCGCUGUCCAGGGGAGGUCCCGCCGACAUUUUAAUGUCAAAUCUCGUCCGUUUCCUUCACCUCCCCCUCCUUUCCAUUUACCGCUCAGUGCCCGGAGCGGUUGCCGCUGAUGGCUCUCAGGAGGCUCCCGUUCUCUCAGUUGACCCUAGCCGCGGUGCUGGGGGUGGCGGGCGGUCUGUACGUGUACAAACCCAUCUUCCAGCGGUACAGCCUGGAGCAGCGUAAGGCCCAGGAGGUGACACUGGCUCAGCUCCCAGAGUCUCACCGGCCCCAGAGUCCAGCCAAGGGCUGACCCUGACCCGGCCCAGAUAAUGAGAGGAAAACGACUCUUCAAGGGCGAAGUCGGCCGUGGAUAUUUUUAGCCCUAUUUCCAAAACGCUAUGUUUACUGAACUUUAUAAUGCAGACA